AUGCAGGGCAGGUCACGAGCUGGGUCUUGUGAAUUGCAGCAGGUAGGGAUGGCAAUUUGGCCCGGAGCCGAUCUGGCUUGGUCCGACCUGCAACCGUUGGGGCGGGUUGGACCCGCCCCGUUAUCAAAACAGGCGAGGUCGGGUCUGGCCCGUUCCCUAAACGGGCCAGGGCGUUCGACGCCUCGACGGGUCGGGACAGGUUCGGGUAGUCGACUAUCGGCCCGACCUGCCCCAUUGCCCACUAAAUCCGAUCUUAAACCUUCUCCCAUCAUUUCUAAGGCUCCUCUAAUGAGUUCCAAUCCAGACAGUGAACAAAAUGCCUCCUCAAGCACACAAGAAGCACCAACACCCCAGAUCGAGCCUAUACGCCUGCCUACAGUAGAGGAAAUUCGAGGCCAGGACAUAUGGAACAACUGUGCUGUCCGAAGUGUUGUCAGUGGUGUCAUGGGAGGUGGAUUGGGGCUGUUCAUGGGAUUGUUUCUCGGGGCACUCGAUAAUCCAUUAAUGCAAGAUGAGAUGACAGGGAGACAACAAUUGGUUUACCAGGCAAAGCAGAUGGGCCGUAGGAGCUGGAGUUCUUGCAAGGCUUUUGCCAUUAUGGGCUUUGUCUUCUCUGCAUCUGAAUGUGUUGUCGAGAAGGCCCGAGCCAAGCACGAUAUUACGAAUACGGUUGUCGCUGGAUGUGUAACUGGUGGCGCAAUUUCAGCUAGAGGGGGGCCAAAAGCAGCUUGUGCUGGGUGUGCUGGUUUCGCUGCAUUUUCUGUCGUGAUAGAAAAAUUCUUGGAAAGACAUAGUUGA